AUGCCGAAAAAAGUCCACGAUGCUGCUUCGCAAUCCCUGUUUGGCCAGAAUUGGGAUACAGUAAUCGUCAGUGUCGAAGCUCAAAAAAUGCGCUUUAUCAGGAGCUUACUGGCUCAAAUCAGCAGCUAUCCUGCCAGGGGCGAAUGGACUGUGCUGUGUUUGAUGUCGCCGAAAUCCUUACCAUUGCCAGUACCACCAUCAUGGGGAGAAACACCGGUUCGCAAUUCAUAA